CAAUGCACGGCAUGGCCAAUCAAAAAUCAUAUGUACGAAACAACUGUUGUAAAUGUAAUAAUUCAUUUUUUAUUAGUAGUUGUUCAUACUUUCAGAUCAAAUGUUAGUUUAAAAUUACUUCAACGUUUAAAAGUUAUACAAAAUUAUGAACGGACAAGAAGAACAGGACAACGUUAGAAAACGCCUUCCAGGCGAUCUAGAGAAUGCGGUGAUCGAACUUUACUCCAUUCCCGGGACGACGAUACAAGAAGUCGCUAAAGUCGUCAGCGCGGUUUACGACAUUAACAAAAAUGACAUCAAAGGAGUUGUGACUCUGGCGCUAAAGAAAGGACUGAGAAGAGCCGGGAGAGGAUGCGUGAAGAAGCAUUCAAAGAGGAUGAAUUCCAGGGCGGUCAGUAGGUCAAAGAAGAAGGGCGACAACCGAAAAUCACACCUUAGAUCCGUGAUGAUGGCUAACAGAAGAAGGAAUUCAAAAUUCAGGCAUCAUCGGGCUGAGUGUCUACCUAAAAGAAGACAAGUCUGCCACAGCAGCAGUCGAAAACACCAAAUGAAAAAAACGCCGAAAAAGAAAAGCAGGAGUGAAAGACGAAGUUCACGUUUGUGUCGUCCUUCUAGAAAAAUGCGCUCGUCUUCAAGGAGGCACUCAUCUUCGAAGAGAAGGCACUCAUCUUCAAAGAGAAGGCACUCAUCUUCAAAGAGAAGGCACUCAUCUUCAAAGAGAAGACACUUGUCUUCAAUGAAACGGUACUGUUCUUCAAAAAAACGGCACUCAUCUUCUAAGAAAAGGCACUCGUUAUCAAAGAAGAGACGUUGUUCGUCAAAGGAAAGGCGUUCAUCUUCAAGGAAAAGGCACUCAUCUUCAAGGAAAAGGCACUCAUCUUCAAAGGGAAGGCACUCAUCUUCAAAGGGAAGGCAAUCUGACUCAAAAACAAAGCGUCCGCCGUGUCGCACUGCCCACAAGAAGCGCAAAGACACAAGCCCGUUGGUUCUUCCCGACCACCCAAGUUGCUAAAUCAUAUAUGAGUGCAAUUUAUCCUAUUCUGUUGUCUGUGUCUUAAGCAAAUAAAAAAAUUAUUUUGAGUCGUUUAAA